GCAGGCUGAGCGCAGAGCUGCAGCCGACUCUGCCCGGGCAGAGCGCGCGCCUGACAGUCCCCGGCCUAGAGAGGUGACGGCCGCGGCUCCUCUGUCCGCCUCCAGCCGCUGGGCGCCCACGCGGACCAUGUUCUCCAGCCCUAGGAGGUGGGGCCCCGGCGGCCCCUACGAGCGGGUCCCAGGGGGUCCCGAGGCACAGAAAUGCGGUCCAGAGGAAAGUGCUUCAUUCUUCAGUAAGAUGACGUAUUCCUGGUUUAGCAGAUUAAUUAUUUUAGGCUAUAAGAAACCUUUGGAAAGAGAGGAUCUUUUUGAACUAAAUGAAAACGAUUCCUCCUAUACUGUGUGUCCUGUCUUUGAAAAACAGUGGAGGAAGGAAGUUUUAAGGAAUCAAGAGAGACAGAAAGUAAAGGCAUCUUUUGCUAAAGAGGCACAUAGCAAGAAACCAUCUCUUCUCUGUGCAUUGUGGAACACCUUUAAGUUUGUCCUGAUUCAAGCUGCUUUAUUCAAAGUGUUUGCUGAUAUUUUGUCUUUUACUAGCCCACUUAUUAUGAAGCAAAUGAUCAUUUUCUGCGAACACCACUCAGAUUUUGGAUGGAGUGGCUAUGGUUAUGCUUUGGCACUUUUUGUUGUAGUCUUUUUGCAAACCCUGAUCUUUCAGCAAUAUCAACGUUUUAACAUGCUGACUUCAGCAAAAAUUAAGACAUCUGUAACUGGAUUGAUCUACAAAAAGGCCCUACUUUUAACUAAUGUUUCUCGAAAAAAGUUUUCAACUGGGGAAAUUAUUAACCUGAUGUUAGCUGAUGCCCAGCAGCUCAUGGACUUGAUGACAAACCUCAAUCUUCUUUGGUCAGCCCCUUUUCAAAUCCUGAUGGCCAUAACGCUCCUCUGGCAGGAGCUGGGCCCCGCAGUGUUAGCAGGGGUGGCUGUCCUUGUGUUUGUGAUACCGAUUAAUGCUUUAGUUGCAAAUAGAGUUAAAAAGCUGAAGAAAAGCCAAACAAAGAACAAAGAUAAACAGAUAAAACUACUCAAUGAAAUCUUACAUGGAAUUAAGAUCCUCAAACUUUAUGCAUGGGAACCCUCCUACAAAAAGAAGAUUAUAGAAAUUCGAGAACAGGAAUUGGAAUUUCAAAAAUCAGCUGGAUAUCUUGCUGUAUUUUCUAUGCUGACAUUAACUUGCAUUCCAUUCUUGGUGUCCUUGGCAACAUUUGGCAUCUAUUUCUUACUGGAUGAUGGAAACAUUUUAACAGCCACUAAAGUGUUCACAUCUGUGUCUUUGUUUAAUAUUUUAAGGCUUCCUCUGUUUGACUUACCAACAGUGAUCUCAGCUGUGGUCCAGACAAGAAUAUCAUUGGGUCGUUUGGAAGAUUUUCUCAACAGUGAGGAGCUUCUUCCUCAAAAUAUUGAAAUAAACUACACAGGAGAUCAUGCUGUUUGUUUUACAAAUGCUUCCUUCUCCUGGGAUAAAACAAGGAUUCCAGUAUUAAAAGACUUAAACAUAAAGAUUCCAGAAGGAGCUUUGGUGGCUAUUGUAGGGCAAAUUGGGUCUGGAAAAUCAUCUGUGCUUUCUGCCAUUCUCGGGGAGAUGGAGAAACUUACAGGAGUAGUUCAAAGAAAGGGCUCUGUGGCUUAUGUUUCCCAGCAAGCCUGGAUUCAGAAUUGCACUUUACAAGAAAACAUUCUCUUUGGCUCCGUCAUGCAGAAGCAGUUUUAUGAGCGAGUAUUGGAAGCCUGUGCUCUCCUUCCCGAUUUGGAGCAGUUACCAAAUGGAGAUCACACUGAGAUUGGAGAAAGAGGUGUAAAUAUGAGUGGGGGCCAGAAGCAUCGAGUAAAUCUGGCCAGAGCUGUCUAUAGUGGGGCUGACAUCUACCUCCUGGAUGAUCCCUUGUCGGCAGUUGAUGUUCAUGUUGGAAAGCAACUUUUUGAAAAAGUGAUUGGAUCCUCAGGCAUUUUGAAAAACAAGACUCGUAUUUUAGUGACACACAACCUCACACUUCUACCACAGAUGGAUCUUAUUAUUGUCAUGGAGAGUGGCAGAGUAGCACAAAUGGGAACGUACCAGGAACUGCUGUCUCAAACUGAAAACCUCAUGAACAUGCUUCAGGCCUUCAGGGAACAAGAAAAAGCUCAAGCUUUAAAGCAAGUCAGUGUAAUCAACUCCAGGACUAUACUGAAAGACCAAAUCCUGGAGCAAAAUGAUAGGCCCUCACUGGAUCAAGGAAAACAGUUCUCAGUGAAAAAAGAGAAGAUUCCUAUUGGUGGGAUAAAGUUCUCAAUCUUUCUGAAGUACCUUCAAGCCUUUGGCUGGCUCUGGGUGUGGCUGACUGUGGCCAUUUACCUUGGGCAGAAUUUAGUGGGCAUUGGACAGAAUCUAUGGCUUAGUGCCUGGUCAAAGGAAGCAAAGCUCAUGAAUGAGUUCACAGAGUGGAAACAAAUAAGAAAUAAUAAACUUAACAUCUAUGGAUUAUUGGGAUUAAUUCAAGGUCUCCUUGUCUGCUCUGGAGCCUAUGUGCUCACCAGAGGAUCCCUGGCUGCCUCUCGAACUUUGCAUGUUCAGCUGCUGGAUAAUGUGCUGCACCUCCCACUCCAGUUUUUUGAAACCAAUCCCAUAGGCCAGAUCAUUAAUCGGUUCACCAAGGACAUGUUUAUAAUUGAUAUGCGUUUCCAUUACUACUUACGGACCUGGCUGAAUUGUACUUUGGAUAUUACUGGAACAGUUUUGGUCAUUGUGGGAGCUCUACCACUCUUCAUUCUGGGGGUUAUUCCCUUGGUUUUCCUCUAUUUCACUAUACAAAGAUAUUAUGUGGCAAGCUCUCGGCAGAUUCGACGGUUGGCAGGAGCAUCUCACUCUCCCGUCAUUUCCCAUUUUAGUGAGACUUUAGCAGGAGUGUCCACUAUCAGGGCAUUUGGACAUGAACAAAGGUUUAUCCAGCAAAACAAAGAUGUGGUGAAUGAAAACCUGGUCUGUUUCUACAAUAAUGUAAUUUCAAACCGGUGGCUGGCUGUUAGACUUGAAUUUCUUGGCAACUUAAUGGUGUUCUUCGCUGCACUGCUUGCUGUGCUGGCUGGCAAUUCUAUAGAUUCAGCAGUAGUUGGUUUGUCCAUAUCCUAUGCCCUAAAUAUUACUCAGUCUCUGAAUUUUUGGGUAAGGAAAGGAUGUGAAAUUCAAACCAAUGCAGUUUCCAUUGAAAGAGUUUGUGAAUAUGAAAAUAUGCAUAAAGAGGCACCCUGGAUAAUGGCUAAAAGGCCCCCUUCACAAUGGCCCAAUAAAGGGAUAGUGGAGUUUAUUAAUUAUCAGGCUCGAUACCGAGACGAUCUCAGUUUGGCAUUACAAGGUAUCACUUUCCAGACGCAUGGAGAAGAGAAGAUUGGCAUUGUGGGACGGACUGGAGCAGGCAAAUCAACACUAUCAAAUUGCCUAUUUAGAAUUGUGGAAAGAUCAGGAGGCAAAAUUAUUAUUGAUGGAAUUGACAUAUCAACUAUUGGACUUCAUGACCUUCGUGGCAAACUUAAUAUUAUACCACAGGAUCCUGUUUUAUUUUCUGGAACCCUUCAGAUGAACCUGGAUCCCCUAGACAAGUAUUCUGAUAGUGAGCUGUGGGAGGUGCUGGAACUCUGUCACUUGAAAGCAUUUGUGCAGUCCCUUCCCAAGAGGCUGCUGCAUGAGAUCGCAGAGGGUGGCGAGAACCUCAGUGUUGGACAAAGGCAGCUCAUCUGUCUUGCUCGUGCUUUGCUUCGAAAAACAAAAAUUCUUAUCUUGGAUGAAGCAACAGCCUCCAUCGAUUUUGAGACCGAUAACUUGGUGCAGACCACAAUAAGGAAGGAGUUUUCCGAUUGCACCAUCCUGACAAUUGCUCACAGACUGCAUUCUAUCAUUAAUUCAGAUAGGGUACUCGUUCUAGGCCAUGGACGGAUUAUAGAAUUUGAAACACCACAGAAUUUGAUACACCAGAAAGGACUUUUCUUUGAAAUGCUAACAGAAGCUGGAAUAACACAAGACUCAGGGACAAAAAAAUAAAUAGUUUUAGCUAUAUAUUGGUUAUACUGAGUAAAAAAAUAGAUUAGUAUUUUAAAAAAUGAUGGGGGAGAAGUGCACAAUGGCAGGCCUCUGGUUACAUGUUGGCACAGAUACCAAUAAGCACCAUAGUUCUACCCUUCCUGGGCUGUACCUAACCUUCUCUCUUACAUCUGUGCCCUCUAGAAUAGCUGCCUUCUCCACGUUGCCUGAAGUGCUAAAUACUCAGGAGUCACCUUCUCCAUGAAGCACCCUCUGAAUUUCCCCUCUGCCGUCUUGUCUGAUCUAGAUGCCAUUCUUCUAUGCUGUCACUAUCCAUCCCCAUGCUCAUACCUGUAUCAUGGCAGGGACCAUACCUAUUAUAAUUAUUUUAGUCUCUCUCUCCUCUAAACCUACCUGAAUGCAAGUACCUAGUGUUAGUCAUCUUUGUAUGUCAGUUUCCUUGCAUAGUGCCUUUCAUGUAGUUGAUACUCAACAAAUGUUUGUGGAAUUAAUGACUAGGCAUUUUAGAAUAAUAUGAUAGAUACAGGUAUUUAUCUACAUAUAUAAUAUGUGUUGAACUAUUGUACAGUAUGUAAAAUGAACAAAUCACAGAAAAAAUAUUGAGUUAUUCAGCUGCUCUUUAGAAACAGUAAAUAUAUAUUAACUGAAUGUUAUGGUGUACUUUAUUUUAAAACAGUAUUUUAUAAUAUUUGUACUAUUUACUUUGAAUAAGAAAGAAACAGUAUUUUUAUGGGACAUAAUUUUUUGGCUGGAUUAACUUCAUUGAUUUAUGUAUUAGAUUGUAUACACUCACAAUAUUCUUGAUUUGUAGUACUAACCAAGGCUUUUCAUUUAGUCAAUUUAUGAAUUGGAGACAUUAUUUCUCCAAAUUUCCCUUCAAAUUUGAAGUAUUCAAACUUUAAAAGUAUUUUCCUUCCAAGAUGAUUUUAAUAAAAUAUUUUAACAUGUUAAGACCCAUCAAUUAUUUAUUUCAUCCUCCUUUUCUCAUUUCUAUGCACCUUUGUUUUACCUACUACGUGUCUAAGGGGUAUUUAUGAAAAGUUGCCUUAAAUUAUAAAACCCUGUAUUAUCUAAAGCCUCCUCCCAUUGAAAUGUAAGCUACUAAAAGUGUUGCCUUUACAAUCUCUGAAGUGUCUACUAUUUUUUGAGCUCAGUAACCAUUGAAUAAUAUCUGCUGAAUUCCAGUAAGAAAGGGACAUACAUAUUUCAUUAAUGUAAGUUAAAAGAUAAUGUUUUAGCCUCUUUACACCUAUGUUAAAUCAGUCAGAGAUACUGCAUAAUUCAAAACUCUAAUAGGGAAUCAACAGUGGUAUGGAUAAACUGGUAUAUUCAUACAGUGGAACUCUAUAAAACUCAAUACAGCUAUGAGAAUGAAUGAACAGCUACAGGAAACAACAUGGAUGAAUCUCACAAAUAUAAUGAGUGAAAGAAGGCAACCAUAGAAGAAUAAUAUUAUGUGAUUCCAUAAUUCUAUUUAUACAGAAGUUUUUAAAAGAUGAAAAACUAAUCUAUAUUAUUAGAAGUAGGGAAAUUGGCUACCCUUGAUGAGAAGGGGUAAUGAAUGCAAGGGUGUCCAAGAUGGGUUUCUAGGUUAAGGUUAUAUUUUGUUUCUUGAUCUGGGUCUAAGUAUUGGUUCAGUUUGUGAAAAUUCACCAAACUAUAUAAUUAGAGUAUGUGCAGUUUUAAAUAUGUAUAUACAUACACAUGCACAACAUACACAUUAUAAAGAGUAAAAAGAAAGCAAAAAUAAACAUAAAAAUGAUUAAAUCAGAAUUAAUCAAAUAUAAUCUUACUGUGUUUUGAGAAAUUAAUAUUUCAGUCUCAUUUUAAUUAUGUUCAUCAAGGUUAUUUAAACACUGAAGUACACUAGAAGCAAAGUGCAGGGUACUCAAUAUGAGGGUAACAGAGUGGUAGCACUUUGAAUAAAAUAAAACAUGUUUACCCAAUAAUUGUAUUGACUU